AUUCUUUAUAAUCCGUCAAUUUGGACUUUCUUUGCUCGCACAGCUGCGCACUAAGCAGAUCCAAAAUUCUUUGGUUUUUUUUUUACCUUAAGUUCUUGUUCAUGUUUCGUCAGAAGAUAACCAGCUAUGAUCUCCGGCUCGACCAAUCAUGUAUAUUCGUGCCCGAGACACGGAAUUCACCGACAACUCCUUCGAUAACGGGUUCAUUUCACGUUUCGUUUCCCCCGGGGGUGCGCAUCAAGAGCAUCAAAGUGAAACUGAAAGGAAUGCUCCAUGUCCCGCGCGAUGGCUUCAUGAUCGCCGAGGACCGGCUGCAAGGUACCUACGAGCAGAAGCAGGUGCUCGCCUCGUCCAAGACGCUGGGCUCGUUCCCCAUGCCCGCGGGCCAGUAUGAGUUCCCCUUCGAUAUCCCGUUGGCGGGCAAGUUCCUCGAAACCGUGACCGGGGUGAAGCACAACUACCACUCGUACACGGUCGAGGCGACAGUCGCCUUCCGGUAUCGCCGGAAUGUCGUCGUGUCGAAGCCCGUCCGCAUCUAUCAUCUGUCGGAGCUGGAGACGAACUAUCUCACCUCGGACUUUUCGCCGACAGUGGGAGGAACCCUCCGCCAGAAACUGCAGUACUCCAUCUCCAUGCCGAGCCAUUACAUCCCCUUUGGAUCCCGGUUCCCCGUCGACUGCCAGUUCACCGCCCUGUCUAAGGAUGUCAGAUUGGUGGCUGUCACGGUCAAGAUCGCCGAGAAGCAUUUUAUCCGCUUGGACGCCACGGCGGCGCAGUCUGCGCGCGAUAACAUCUACUCGAUUACCUCGUUGAAGAACCAUACGGUGUUCAGUGAGCGGUUCGACAUCGCGGCGGGUGCAAGGGAUGCUGACGAGAAUGCGCCGUGCGACUCGGCGGCAACAGCGACCACGACGGCGACGGAAUGGUGUCUCAGCAAGCUGGCUUGCUUACCUCCGAGUUUCGAUGGUUGUUCGCAGACGGUAGCGACGAAGCGCAUCAAGAUUAGUCAUAAGUUGGUGGUGAGUGCUGAGUUUCAGGAUGCCGAGGGGGAGAUUUUCACUGAGACGACGAAACCCAUCCCGUUUUGCAUCUACAUGACCCCCAGCGUGAUCGGACAGGAUGGGUCGAUCUGUCAUAAGACGAUCCAUGAUAUCAGGGAGCCGCCGCCGCUGUACGGGGAUCAUACUCUUCAUCCGAAGCUGCUGGGGUCGAGUGAUGAUGUUGAUGAUGGUCGUAUAAAUGCUGCGCGGGCUGGGGAGGGAUGUGGCCAGUUGGGGUGGGGUGCCUGGGGGCCUGCGCCUUGUUAUGACACGCUUGAGCAUCCGGCGCCCGCUUAUGUUGCUUAAAUAGUUGAAUGAGUUGAUUGAAACAUGAGUUAUGAAUAUCCGGCUGGGAGGUGCAAUUGUCACGAGGAUUGUUGGAAUAAUGGAAUUGCGGAGCAUAUACUAUACUCCGUGUUGAGGUUCAAGGCACGACCUUUUGGAGUACAGUACGAGAAUAGUACGAGAAUGAAACACAGACACACACAGACACACAGACACACAUAAUGUCUCUAACCUGAAUCCUCCCAAGAGACAAUAUCAAC